AUGGAUAUCCCAGUCGCGGCCAAUAUUCUAGGCACCCUCGGAGCUGUCUGUUGGUCAAUCCAGCUGAUUCCUCAAAUCAUCGUUAAUUAUCGAAGACAUAAUGCAACGGGUCUUCAGCCAUCGAUGAUGAUGCUCUGGGCAUGGGCGGGUGUGCCGCUGGGCGUGUACAACAUCGUCAAAGAGUUCAACGUCGCCUUGCGGAUACAGCCUCAGAUCUUGACGCUUUUGAGUCUCGUCACCUGGAUCCAAUGCUACUACUACGAAAGAAAAUGGAGUGUGUACCGCUCUCUGCUCGUUGUCAUCCCAAUCGCAGUCGUGAUGGGCGGCAUUCAAGCAAGUCUCAUCAUCGCCCUCCGCAUCGCCAAAUCACGCUCCUUAGAAUGGCCUCUCAUCCUCAUGGCGUCUCUGUCCGCAGCUUUACUCGCAGCAGGUGUACUCACUCACUACUGGGACAUUUGGAAGCACCGAACAGUCCGUGGCAUAUCAUUUCUCUUUGUAGCCAUUGACGCAGCAGGCGAUGUGUUCUCACUCGUGUCCGUGUUCUUCCAGCCCGAGCUUGAUGUUCUUGGUAUUGUCAUCUACGCCACAGAGUUUGUUCUGUGGUGUGGUGUGUUUGCUUGUGGCGGGUAUUACAACUUGCUACCUUGGGUUAGAAAGAGGUUUGGGAGUGAGGGCAAGAGGGCUGGAGGGGAAGAGAGCGCAGGGGAUGGUGUUAUGAUGAAUGAGAAUGUUUCUUCAAGUUCAGUGUUUAGGACGGUCAAAGAGAUGUCCCUCGCUUUGUGUCGGUUUGGCUUGUGUUGA